UGAAACCACUCCACUUUUUCGUUUUCGAACUCCAAAAAAAAAAAAAAAAAAAAAUUAAAUCUACGCGAGCGAACAAGGACGAACCAAAUACGACGAUACACAGCACUAAUAAACCCUAGCUUUUAUGCUUUUUAUUUAUUUUCAAAAAACAAAAUUUCCCUUCAAAAUGAAUGUCUUUAAUCAGUGUAGGCUUAGUUGUUAAAAUAUAUUAUGUUGAAGGGGGCGACGGAGACGAGGAAGAAGACGUCGUGGAGUACAUGGGAGGAGCUUCUGUUGGCGUUCGCCGUGAAGCGGCACGGCCUCAAGGACUGGGACUCCGUCGCCAUGGAGCUCCAGAACCGGUGCUCCAUACCCGCCGUCAUCACCGCUCAAAUAUGUAAGGACAAAUACCACGACCUCCACCGCCGCUUCAUGAAUAACGACGCGGCGGCGGAUGGUGAUGCGGAGGCCGGCCGUGUUGGCGGCGGCGUCGGCGACGCUAUCGCUAUUCCUUGGCUCGAGGAGUUGCGACAACUCCGCGUCGCCGAGCUCAAACAGGAGGUCCACCGCUACGAUCUUUCGAUCCAGUCGUUGCAGUUGAAAGUGAAGCGGCUGGAGGAGAGAGAACAGAGCAGCAAAGACGUGUCCGUGGAACCGCCAGAUCUGGAGGACGACGGGAAGGAGCAGCGAUCGGAAAAUGACGAGAAUAACGGCGGACGGGAGACGACGUCGGGGAAGGACGUCUCCUUCUCCUGCAAGGACUCAGACCGCGAGAACCGGUCUUUCAACGAGUCGAAUUCCACGGAGAAUAGGCGAACCGGUGAGAAGCUCGAACCGGAUUCGGUCCCGAUUAAACCGGAUCCAGAAGCCAAACCGGUUUGGGAGGAGGACUCGUGUAACGAUAGUUCCGAUAGGCACAAGGCAUCCAAACUGAAAACAGACUCCGAGUUGCGUGACUCGGUUAGCGAGUCCAAGGAGGGGACAAAGGAUAGCAGCGACGUUCAAAGCUCUGCCAGUCUGACGGAGAGGAGGCGUAAGCGAACUAAUUCCGUCGGGGGAAGAGUGACGACGGCGGCGGCGUCUCCGUCUCCGCCGGCCAUCUCCACAAAACGAGGCGGCGCAGUGAAACCAGAGGCGUUGGUUGGGCUUUUAGAUAUUAUCCGAUCGCACAAACACGGCCAGGUGUUCCAACGGCGGCUCGAUAGUCAGAAAACAGAGGAUUACAAGAAAGCGAUUCGGCGACACGUGGAUCUUGAAACGGUUCAAGCCCGGAUUGACGACGGGUCUUAUUCUUCCUGCUCCACCAGAUUCUACUUGGAUCUCUUACUGCUAUUCAACAAUGCCAUUGUCUUCUUCCCCAAGUCAUCUCCGGAGUCAACAGCGGCGUUUCAACUCCGUGACAUUGCCGUGAAAGAGUUGAAGAAGAAGAAGGAGAAGGAGAAGAAUCAAACCCCGUCACCUGAACCGGUUCAGCAGCCUAAACUCGAACUGGAAAGGUCCGAUUCUUUGCUGGCGAAGCACAAGUCUACUGCCCCUAUAGUUGUGUGCCGGAAGAGAAGUUCGAUAUCAGGAGGGAAAACUGCCACUUCUGGUAACAAGCAAGGAAAAGUGUCGGAUGAAAAGGCUAAGCCGAAGCCUCCUCUCAGUCAGAAACUGUCUUCUUCAAGCAAUCUGGACGAGGACGAAGAUGAUAGUUCGACGAAGCUGAAGAUGAAAGAAAAGCCUGUGACGGGCGUAAGGAGCACGAGGAGGAGCAGCAAAGGAAACCCCCCGAAGGAAGAAGUUGCGAAAACAGAUAAGGAAGAAGUGAUUACCACCACCACAGACAAGAAGCGUGGUGCCGCUGAUUUCUUGAAACGGAUGAAGAAGGAUUCACAAGGCACCGUGGCGGCGGCGGUCUCAGUGAAGAACUCUUCCGACGACGCUAAGCCUAGCAGUAGAAGAAGAGAGCAACAAAAGAGAAAGCAGCAGCAGGCAACCGAGGAGAGGAAAGACGGACCGGUGAGGCGGAGUAGUGGCGGCGCCGGUGGGAGGAAAGAGGCGGCAGCGGCAGAGGAGAGUAGCCUGUCAAAGAGGAACGUGGGGAGGCCACCUAAGAGAGGAAGGGACGCUGCCGCCGCCACGCCGGAGAAGCGUGGGAAAGAAACUAGUGUUGACAAAGAAGAAUCCUCAAAACGACCAAAGAAACGCACCAGGAGGUAAAAUCAAUGGGAAAUGGCGUAGGAAUUUAAUUUUAGCUUAGUGUAAAUAAAUUAUUAUUUUAAGUGGAACUGUACAUUACGGGUGGGUGGGUCAGGUGCUUCUUUUGCUUUUGGAAAUUGGAAUGACCAGAUCGGAUUGAUUCUAGGGUUAGUCAUUGUAGGAUUUUCUCCAGUUUCUACCAGCUAAAAUUUGUUUAAA